GUAUAUUUCAAUACAUUGUAAUUUCAGGAGUCUCCGAUGCAUACCAAGUUUCAUAUAUCAUUAUUUUCAUAAUUGCUGUUUAUAUUGCCAUUAUCAUAAUUACAUCGUUGAAGUGUUAUGUCUUUGUCUUACCAACAAUUCUUUCUCAAGAAACUAUUACAUAUGAUCAAGGAGGAAAAACAACUGUAUUGAAAUGUUAUGUUCGAUCUUAUUUACCACUUACGUCUGCUGGAUGGUGUAGACUUCUUUUGAAUAACGAAUUUGUGGACACAAAGUCAAGUUUGGAAUCGAACGGCAAAGGACUGAGGACAGUUAUUUUUGAGACAUCUGAUGAACUUCAAUACGAUAUAUACAAAUGCAAGGCUAGUAACAUAAUUGGCGCCGUGGAAAGUCUACCUGUACAGCUGAAUGAAAAAGAAAAUGACGAGCCCCUACUGUCAUCAACACAUGAAGAUAUACACACGGAUAUACAUGAACUCUUUCAAAAUGAAGAGUGUGGAAAACAUUAUUUUGCAAGAGUUAUUAUUAUUGGUAAAAAUGGAGUCGGGAAAACCAGUUUAAUGCGUAGAUUACUGUGGGGGACAAAAGACCAGUCAUCAUCUACCCAAAGUACAGAUGGUAUCGAUAUUAAGAAAUGCAAUAUCAAUAUUGAAGAUGGAAGUUGGAGCCCAUGCAAUACGAUAGAUCACGAUCUAGCCAGAUUGAUUCAACAGGUGUAUACAGAGAAGAAAGAGAAUAAAAACGAAACGACCGAACAAAAUAUUGAAGACAGCUAUUUUGGUCAAAAGAAUUCAAGCUUCAGUUCGGACGACUCAAAAGCAGACAUCCACCAGGCACUCGUUCUACAGAAGAAAAUGACAAAUGACGAACAAAUGGAAGUGAGUACAAAGUCAUGUCAAGAUAAAACAGAUCAAACAGAAGUUUUUGAAAGCAGUUUUAACGUUGGAAUUAGUAAUUUUACGGAAGAUAGUUCCGACAUGUUUGACACAUCUGUCGAUAAAAUAAAAGAGGAAAAUACAAAUAAUUUUAUCGACGAAAGUAAAGAAAACGGAAACACGAUGAACGAUGGGAAGGAAAGAGUGAGAACAAAUAAAUUCAAAAGGUUUGAAAACAAUCCAAUGAAAAGCAAUGAAGUUGAAAAUGAAAGAGAUAUACAAAGUGAGGAGAAUAUUGCCCAAAUGACUAAUUCCAUCAUGCAGUCAUGUGUUCAUCGGAAUGCAAAUGAUUCGCAUGAUAUGUCGGCGUUCUGUGCAUUGUGGGAUUUUGCUGGUCAGAAAGAUUUCUAUGCUACACAUCAAGUCUUUCUGUCAAAGUGUGCAGUUUUUCUUCUAGUGACAGACAGUUUAGAGUCUAGUUGUGCUGAAAAAUUAUGGAUUGAUUUCCAAGACACAGCACAGUAUGUCAGAUUCUGGUUUGACGCGAUUCAUUGUUACUGGUCAACGACAAAGGAAAACAGAUUAGAUCCUCCAAUAAUUGUUGUAUGUACAAAUGAAGACAAAAUAAAGGACCCACACAAACGUGCAAAGCGUCAAGACAAAUUCAAAAAGAAUUUAAGCAAGAUUCUGAAAGAACAGCAAAAAGAACAUUUGAGAAACAUUCAUUUUGUUUCGAAUAUUGAAAAUGACGACCUUGUGUUUGAAGAGAUACGUAAAGAAAUAUCUAGCCUUGCUAUGACUAUGAAAGAUUGGGGUAGAGACUGUCCACUUAAAUGGCUUUUAUUUCAACAAGUUAUAGAAAGGUUGAAAAACAGUCAAGUGCCAAUUGCUACAACUGCGAAUUUACUUACAAUUGCAAAACAUGACAGCAUUGGCAUACACAAUGAUGAUGAAUUUAAACGAUGCUUGCAAUACUUUAAUGACAUCGGAACUGUUAUUUACUUUGAUGCGGAAAAUUUAAAAGAUCAUGUUAUUUUGGACUCAAAAUGGCUGAUUGAUGCUUUUAGAUGUCUAGUAUCUGAUAAAAUAGAAUUUUCUAUCGAACUUUCAAAUGACUGGCAAACACUAAGAGAAACUGGGGAACUGACUUCCGUAAUAAUACGUCUGUUGUUCCGGAAAGAACCAAAAUUGAAGUUUUUGGAGAACGAAAAACAUUUAGUUGAAGUUAUGAAACGGUUCGAUAUUAUUGUGAAGCUAUUGGAUUCAAACGCAUUAUACAUGCCAUGCAUGAUGGACUCCUGCUCUUUUAACAAAGUUAAGAAAAAGUUAAUGAACAAAAAUCAAACCGUUAACAUUACUAGUUGGUUAUGCUUAGAGUUUGAGUUUCUUCCUCCAGCUUUUUUUAAUCACAUUAUUGCGUGGUACAUUAAACAUUAUCAUGUGAGUGCUAUACAUGAACAGGAAACUCGUACUAACAGGAAGGCAUUGUAUCGUCAGAUUGGUGUAUUUGAUUUAGACAUUUCUCGUUGUCAACAACUAGUGGUUUGUGAGGGACCAAAUGUUGUUGCCCUUCAGAUACACCAGAAGAUUCAACAUAGUGACCAUCAGCAUGAGGGCGGUAGAUACCAGAUAAACAUACAUACAUUUGUAGAUACCAAAUGUGGAAAAUUACUGAACGUGAUGAACAAACUGGAACAUGGCUAUGAACCAGAGGUUUUCUAA